AGGUGUCUAAGAACUCUUUCUUCUUCAUUAGCUGAAUUGUCCGCCACACUGUCCAACAGUCUACUGACACCGCCUUUCCUCCGCCCGUUCCAACUUCGCGCUCUUCAGUUAAUUAAUCUGCUCGUGCGAUAUGCCGUAUCUGGUUCGUGAGCAUCUAUUCAUUGGCAACAUAGGUGAUGCAGCAGAAGUUCUUGAGCAUGGUAGUGAUGAGAUUACGCAUAUCUUGUCCGUCCUUAGCUCAGCUUCAAUAUCCUUUUUCUCAGAAUGGCGUUCUGGGCUUUCUAUACCAGCCAAAGAGAUUCGGAAGGAAUGUGUUGGGGAUUCAGGAAAUGCCGACGCUAUAACUGAUGAGAAUAAGAGCGCAUCAUCACCUAAGAAACUCCUCUACUCGUUAGAACAUGCAGGGAAAGAUUUGAAGUUUGUAAGGAUGACUGCGCCCUUGAGAGACAUGGAGAAUGAGAAUUUGCUGGAUUCUUUGGAUGUUUGUUUGGAUUUUAUCGAACAAAGUAGAAAAGAGGGGUCUGUGUUGGUGCAUUGCUUUGCUGGUGUAUCAAGAAGUGCAGCCAUCAUUGCAGCUUACCUGAUGAAAACUGAACAACUAUCUCAAGAAGAUGCAGUUGAAUCUUUACGUCAAAGCUGUGAAUUUGUCUGCCCAAAUGAUGGUUUCCAAGAUCAGUUGAAAAUGUUUGAAGAAAUGGGUUUCAAAGUUGAUAAAGCUAGCCCCAUUUACAAACGCUUCCACCUAAAAGUCCUAGGUGAUAGUUAUAAUCGUGGAGAAAGAAUAGACACCUCUAAGUUUGGGGCUGAUCCAGGCUCGGCAACGGAAAACAUUCCUUCAGAUGUGGAUGUGGAUGUGUCCUUGACUAAGGAAACAGCUCCUGCCCGAUCUUACCGCUGCAAGAAAUGCCGGAGAGUUGUGGCGCUGCAGGGGAAUGUUGUAGAUCAUGUUCCAGGAGAGGGUGAGACAGCAUUUCAGUGGUAUAAAAGGAGAAGUGGCAAUCCUUUUAACAAACCUGAUGACGAGUGUUCAUCUGUCUUUGUUGAGCCUUUAAAAUGGAUGAGAACAGUUGAAGAAGGUGCCUUGGAGGGCAAGCUUUUAUGUGCGCACUGUGAAGCUCGCUUGGGUUACUUCAAUUGGUCAGGUAUUCAGUGCAGUUGUGGAAGCUGGAUUACCCCUGCUUUUCAACUCCAUAAAAGCCGAGUGGAUAUCAGCAGCAUGUGAAAUUUUACAAAGGAAGAAGGUUGUGGCAUGGAAAUACUAAUACAUUGGGGAACUUAUUACAUUAAAACCAAACUAAUCUGGCUUAUACAGUUUUGAGAACCUCUACCAAGAUAAAUACUAAGGGAACCAAUCCCUCUUACCUGCUCUUUCACAUAAAUUACUUGGAGGCCUGGGACUGGGCUGCACCUCUUAUUAUAGGAUAUACAUUCAUAAGCUGUAUAAUCAAAGUAUACUGAUUGAAUGCACUUUCUUGUCCAAUGGAAGAUUUAUCUGGACAAGUAUAUACAAGUUGUGUCUAUCUAUUUGUCAAAAUCUUUUUAAGAUUCCCAAAUUAAAGUA